AUGCGUAGCUUAAAAUUUCCGGAAGGAUGUAAAGGAACUCAGGUUUAUGCUCUCAAUCCAACCGGAGGGGAAAGCGGUGGAGGUGGUGGUGGUUGUGGUGGUAAAGUUGGUGAGAAGUUUCUGCAACAUCUACAAGAUCUAAGAGCAAAUUCGAUUCGGACGAAAUCGAGUCGAAAUUCUCAUCCACCUACUCACCAUAACCAAACGACAAGAACAAAUGUCUUUGUGGAAAGUUUAUUGCCAGCUGGUCUUCCGACCGUUGAUCUCAUCGAGCCACAGAUUGAGCCUUGUCUUAAAUCUGUGGAUUUCGUCGAAUCAUUAGCUGCUGUCUAUACAAAACUUGAUAAUUCUUCGCAAUUGGAGAAAUCAGACAGGUUUUUAGAACAAUGCGCGGUGUUUAAGGGUUUGUCUGAUCCGAAAUUGUUUCGGAAUUGUCUAAGGAGUGCGAGACAGCAUGCUGUGGAUGUGCAUUCCAAGGUUGUUUUGGCUUCGUGGUUGAGGUUUGAGAGGAGGGAGGAUGAAUUGAUUGGUUUGUCGGCUAUGGAUUGUUGUGGAAGAAAUUUAGAAUGUCCUAGGGCUUGUUUGGUGUCUGGAUACGAUCCCGAAUCUGUGAAUGAUCCUUGUGUGUGUUCGAGAGGGGAGUCAGAGGAUGAUGAUGUGAUGGGGGAUGAAGAAUGCUCGACUUCUGAUGUUGACGAGGGUGGUGGUGAUGAUGAUGAUCGUGAUAUGGCAUUUUGUAUUGGCGAUGAUGAGAUUAGGUGUGUGAGAUAUAAUGUGGCAUCGCUUUCGAGGCCUUUUAGAGCAAUGUUGUAUGGGGAGUUUAAGGAAUCAAGGAGGGAGAAGAUAAAUUUUACGCAGAAUGGGAUAUCAGCAGAGGGAAUGAGAGCGGCGAUGGUUUUUAGCCAGACAAAAAGAUUGGAUGCGUUUGAUCCAAAGAUUGUUUUGGAGCUUCUUUCUUUGGCAAACAGGUUUUGCUGUGAGGAAUUGAAGUCGGCUUGUGAUGCUCAUUUGGCAUCUUUGGUUUGUGAUAUGGAGAGUGCCGUGAUACUAAUUGAGUAUGGAUUUGAGGAGGGUGCAUAUGUUUUGGUGGCAGCUUGUUUACAGGUUUUUUUGAGAGAGCUUCCAUUUUCAAUGCACAAUCCUUAUGUGAUGGGACUGUUUUGUGGAUCUGAGGGUAGGGAGAGAUUGGUUUCUGUUGGGCAUGCUUCAUUUUUGUUGUAUUAUUUUCUGAGCCAGAUUGCUAUUGAGGAAGAGAUGAAAUCUAACAAUACCGUGAUGCUUUUGGAGAGACUGGGAGAGUGUGCCACCGAAGAUUGGCAGAAACAGGUUGCGUAUCACCAGUUAGGUGUUGUUAUGCUCGAAAGAAAAGAGUAUAAAGAUGCCCAGAAUUGGUUCGAAGAAGCAGUUAAAGCAGGUCAUAAGUACUCAAUGGUGGGUGUUGCAAGGGCUAAAUACAAUCGAGGGCACAAGUAUUCAGCUUACAAGAUGAUGAACUCGCUGAUUUCUGAGCAUACACCAGUUGGCUGGAUGUACCAAGAGAGGUCUUUGUAUUGUAUUGGGAAGGAGAAAUGGAUGGAUUUGAACACAGCGACUGAAUUGGAUCCAACACUUUCAUUCCCAUACAAGUGUCGGGCUGUUUUGUUGGUGCAGGAGAACAAACUUGAAUCAGCCAUCGCAGAACUAAAUAAAAUUAUUGGUUUCAAGGUCUCUCCUGAUUGCCUUGAAUUACGGGCCUGGAUUUCUAUGGCUUUGGAGGAUUAUGAAGGAGCUCUCAGAGAUGUCCGGGCACUUUUGACUUUGGAUCCGAAUUACAUGAUGUUUUAUAGGAAGAAGCAUAGUGACCAACUAGUAGAACUCCUCCGUCCCCUUGUUCAGCAAUACAGUCAGGCAGACUGCUGGAUGCAACUGUAUGAUCGAUGGUCCUCUGUUGAUGAUAUAGGCUCCCUAGCUGUCGUGCACCAAAUGCUGGCAAAUGACCCCAGGAAGAGCCUUCUACGGUUCCGACAAUCUCUCCUCCUUUUACGGCUAAAUUGUCAAAAGGCUGCAAUGCGUAGUUUGCGUCUGGCUAGAAAUUAUGCGACUUCCGACCAUGAAAGACUUGUGUAUGAAGGAUGGAUCUUGUAUGACACUGGCCAUCGUGAAGAGGCACUAUCCAAGGCUGAGGAGUCUAUUUCAAUUCAGAGAUCAUUUGAAGCUUUUUUCCUUAAAGCAUAUGCUUUAGCAGAUUCAAGUCUUGAUCCUGAGUCCUCAAAGUAUGUUAUCCAACUUUUGGAGGAAGCUCUUAGGUGCCCUUCAGAUGGCCUCCGGAAAGGACAAGCACUGAACAAUCUUGGGAGUGUAUAUGUUGAUUGUGAGAAGUUGGAUCUUGCUGCUGACUGUUACAUGAGGGCACUUGAGAUCAAGCAUACAAGAGCACAUCAGGGUCUGGCCCGUGUAUACCAUCUAAAAAAUCAACGGAAAGCUGCAUAUGAUGAGAUGACAAAACUGAUAGAAAAAGCAACGAAUAAUGCUUCAGCUUAUGAGAAGCGUUCAGAGUACUGUGAUCGUGACAUGGCAAAGAGUGAUCUUAGCAUGGCAACACAACUAGAUCCACUCAGGACUUACCCAUACAGAUACAGGGCAGCAGUUUUGAUGGAUGACCACAAAGAAGCGGAAGCCAUAACAGAGCUUUCGAGGGUCAUAGCUUUCAAGCCAGAUUUACAGCUGCUGCAUCUUCGAGCAGCAUUUUAUGAUUCAAUGGGCGAUAAUAGCUCCACCCUUCGAGACUGUGAAGCAGCUCUCUGUCUUGAUCCCAAUCACUGUGGUACCAUUGAGCUCUACAAGAGAGCACGAGAGCAGGGUAACGAACAAGAAAAAUGA